UGGGGGCUGUCAAAGGGAGGACUCUUCCCAGCCUGUGACUUCUUCCCAUCCCCUCCUCGGCCGGGAGGGGGCGCCUGUGGGUGAGGCCUCCCUCUCUCCAGUCCUUCCCCUCCCCACCCCCAAAAAACCCACAGAGAGAGAGAGGGAGGGAGGGGCUUUGCGGAAUGGCUGCUGCUGCGUCGGAGUGGUCUGAAGGCCCCCCGCAGUGAGAGAAGAAGGAAGGAAGGAAGGAAGGAAGGAAGGAAGGAAGGAAGGAAGGAGGACCCUCCCUUGAAGACCCCCAGGACCCCCCCCCCCCCGCCUCCCCCAAUUGCCUGGGCCUCCUCCUGGGCUUCGGAGAAGAAGAUGGCGGCGGACCGGGCGGAGAUGUUCUCCCUCUCCACCUUCCACUCCCUCUCGCCCCCCGGAUGCAGACCUCCGCAGGACAUCAGCCUGGAAGAAUUUGACGACGAGGAUUUGUCCGAAAUCACGGACGACUGCGGCAUCGGCCUGAACUAUGACUCGGACCACUAUGAGAAGGACUGCCUGGUGCUGGAAAGGUGUGAGCAGCCGCAUCCCACCUGCACCUUCCAGGAUGAUUUCCAAGAGUUUUGGAUGAUCGAUGACAACGAAGAAGAGGAGGAAGAGGAAGAGGAGGAGGAAGAGGAGGAAGAAGGGAAUGGACUAGAGGAAGUGCCGCCUCCCCUUCCGCCUCUCCAAUACCUUCCCCGACGCCGGAGGACCCAGAAGCACCGUCCCACCACCCUCAACCUGACCGUGCGGGAACGCAGCAGCGGGCCACCUGGCAGGAGACGCUCCUCCAUUCCACGUCCUCCGCGUCCUCCACUUCGGCCCCCCCAUGCCGGGCGAUCUUCUCCCUCGCACCCGUGUCUCCAGGACGGGCCCUGCUUGGAUUCUCAGGGCCGCAAAGGCCAGCCAAGUCCAGCUCAUGCUCCUUGCAAGCCGCCAUCCUGUUACGAUGCAGAAGGGAACAGCCAGGAGUUGCAAGACGACUCUCCUACUCUACGUGCCGGGGAGGACUACAACAUGAAUAUCGUCUCCUCUGUCCCUUGCACACGGCCUCCUUUGGCUUCCUCCAGUCCAACACCCACAAAGCUUCCUGGCAGCCCCAAAGGCCCUACUUCAGCCCCACAGGAGUCUCAGUCCCCCCAUGCCAGUCCCCACAGGUCGCCCGCCACAGACAGCUACUGCGCCAGGUUCCAGAGGGAUGCGGUGGCAUGCAAGGAGAAAGAGAAGGUUGCCGGGAGCCCAGUCAUCUCUGCCAGCAGGGAGCCAGGCCACACUUCCUCCAUCUACCCAACUGACCGUGGUGGCACCCCGCUCUCUGAGGAUGAGCUGACAAAGGACUACAGAGAUACCGGGUCCGGAGGGCAUCACCCCACAGCUGCCCACAGAAGCCUAACUGGGGCAACCAGGGAGUUGCUCAGCUCUGACGUGGAGGGUGCUCACAGGAGCCAAGUGCCCAGCGUGCGAGGAUUACCGUCCGCCUCCUCGGACACCACAUCCCCCUCCUCGGAUCCAGGCAUAGAGGCGGACCUCACCAGCCGCAACUCCAAGGCCUUCCCCCCAUGUGGCCGGCACAGCGAGGACCUCAGCUCGCCAGGCUCCGACUCAGAUGUGGAGGGUGAAAUCGAAGCGGCAUUUGUGUGCAGCGGGAACCGCCUGGUCAGCAACAUGAUCUCCAGCAUCUCGGAGACAGAGCUGGACCUGAGCAGCGACAGCAGCAGUGGGCGCUCUUCCCACCUCACUAAUUCCAUUGAGGAAGCCAGCUCCCCGGGGUCAGAGGGUGAACUGGAAGCAGACCUGGAUGCCCAGGGUGUGAUGGGCCUGAAGGAUGCCCUCCUGCUGGACACGGGCAAGGAGGAGGAGGGCACAGAGCUGCCUGCAGAAAAGAGCAUGGUGCGGAGGGAUAGCUUGGUUGAACUCAAGAUAGAGGAGUACUGCGAGGACCCGUCCGCCCCCAUUGACCAGACCCACGUCUCCCUCUCGGCUCACCUGGAGCUGGAGAUAAACCCCGAUCACAGCCUGGAAAGCCUGCGGCGCUCCUUCUAUUUACCGGUGGGGCCAAAGCUCCUGCCUGAGGGGGAGGGUGACAAUGACGAAGAAGACGGAAACAGCGAAUACGACUCUGAGUCGGACUCUGAGUCUGAACCCGACCUCAGUGAGGACUCGGACUCCCCGUGGCUCCUCAGCAACCUGGUGAACAAAAUGAUCUCGGAGGGCUCCUACCCCAUCAAGUGUGCUGAGGAGUGCUUCCCUUUGGCCCACUCCAUCUCAGAUACCAUCUCUCCGGCCUCGGACCUGGAGCCCGAGAUCCCCAGUGAGGCCCUGGCCGAGAGCCAGCCGUGCCCACAGAAAAGCAUCGAGCUGGUGGACAUGGAGACCCUCCGCUGCUCCCUGCAAGGGGCCGAGGAGGAGAAGCCCCCGGAGCCCAAGCCAACAGCCCUCGAGAAGGUACCUCUCGCCAGCGACCGGGGUUCAUCCUACCUGUUCAUGAGCAACCCCACCAAUGACACCAUCACACCUGUCUUCCCAGGGCGGCCACUCUCAGGCUGCUGCACCAACGCACCUGCCCUCAAAAGCUUGCGCUCCCGGGAGGCCCCCGGCAAGGCUGAGCUGACCGCUGCACCAGAGGACUGUGGGAUUGAUGGAGACCUGGACUCAGGCAUCCUGGAGGACAAUGACAUGAUCGACGACAUCCGGUUAGAGCCCAGCGAGGGGCUGGACGUCUCCACCGCGAAGACCAACCGUUGCUUCAGCUUGGCCUACUCCCCCGAGGAGGACGAGGUGCCCUGCUUGGGCAGCCUGAAGGGCUCCCCAUUCUCCGAGGAGUUGCCGCUGCCCCCUCCGUCCGUGGUCCUGGACGACUCCUUGGCCUACGAUUCCAUCAAGUAUACCCUGGUUGUAGACGAGAACACCCAGCUGGAGCUGGUCAGCCUCAAGCGCUGCACCUCGGUGCUGAGCGAUGACAGCGAGCUGCUCCGCGCCUGCGACGCCACUGACCUGGAGGACGUGGCCAGUGACUUUGGGGAGGGGCUGGUGGCCCCGGAUGGGCGCGGUUCCUCCUCCUCCUCCUCAGAGGACUCAUCCCCCGAGGCUGACCUCCAUUUCUCCAAGAAGUUCCUCAACGUCUUCGUCAACAGCACCUCACGUUCCUCCAGUACAGAAUCCUUUGGCCUGUUUUCUUGCAUGGUAAAUGGGGAAGAGCGGGAACAGACCCACCGAGCGGUUUUCAGGUUUAUCCCGCGCCACGAAGACGAGCUGGAGCUGGACGUGGAUGACCCGAUUCUGGUGGAGCUGGAGGAAGACGACUACUGGUACCGGGGCUACAACAUGCGCACCGGCGAGCGCGGGAUCUUCCCAGCCUUCUAUGCACAUGAGGUGGUGAGCCAGGCCAAGGAGGUGACAGGCCUGAAGCGGAAUCCCUGUUGGGUGGAGCAUUUCAAUGUCCAGUUUUUGGGCUCCGUGGAGGUUCCUUACCAUCAGGGCAAUGGCAUCCUGUGCGCAGCCAUGCAGAAGAUUGCUACCACCCGUAAACUCACGGUACACCUGAGGCCCCCGGCCACCUGCGACCUGGAAAUCAGCCUGCAGGGGAUCAAGCUCAUCCUAACAGUGAACGAAUACAGCCGGGACGAAGAGUUUGAGCGGUGCAGCCAUUUCUUCCAGAUGAAGAACAUCUCCUUCUGUGGCUGUCAUCCCCGUAACAGCUGCUAUUUUGGUUUCAUCACCAAACACCCGGUGCUGAGUCGCUUUGCCUGCCACGUAUUCGUUUCCCAGGAGUCCAUGCGGCAAGUUGCAGAGUGUGUCGGACGCGCCUUUCAGGAAUAUUACCAAGAGCACCUGGAAUUCGCUUGCCCCACAGAAGACAUUUACCUGGAGUAGGAGGGAGUGAGCUGGCGUGCCUCCUGCUUCCGCACCCCAUCCAGAGACUCUGAACCCACCCACAACCCUCUGCUCUGCCAGGCUCGCCACAACCCACGCCGCCAUGUUUUUGACCCGUUCCCUGACACUGAAGGGCCAGGGCCAGAGAGAGGGGGCACAGCUGCUGGCCACCUGAUGCAUCGCAUCUUGCUCUGUGGCCUCUCUUCCUCCUGAUUCCUGCCCCCUUCCCUGCCCCGUAACUUUGGCUGAAAGAGGGGGAGACAGCAACGCUCCUCAGUGGGAGGUCUUUCCUUCUGGAUCAGGAGGAGACCAGUGAGCAUAGUGGAGGUGGGAGUGAUCAAGAGAAACGAGGUGGGCUGGGGAGAGCUGCGUAAAAGGGUGGCCAUGGAGUCUGGCGCUUUUCCAGAAAGCUACGGCCUUUGCAUGACGUCCUGUUUUGGGGCUGGGAGGAAGGCUUGGAGCAUGAUGGCGAACGUCCAUCUGGACCCCACUUUUGGAAAUGUUCUCCUGGGGGAGGGAGGCUGGGUGGGAGAAACAACAUCUAUCACCCCCUCGUUCCACUCCCUCUUUGUGGGGCUUGGGGGGUGUCAGGCACAUCCUUUGUCCUUUGGGAUCUGUGCCUCCCUUUCAUGGGCCAGGUGCUUGGCUCUCCAUGCCUUGGCACCAUUGCCUUGGUACCUUGCUCACCAAGUGGGAAGAGGGUGUGUGCGUGUGUGCGCACAUUUGCAUUCCUUUCUCUGUGUGUACACAAUUUCAGCCUGUGCAGCACCAAGGGAAACAUACACAGUGAGGCAAUUGCUUCUCUUUCUGCUAUUACAUAUCCUGGGUUGUGGGGGGAAGAAGCGGUCUGAGGUGGGACCUUGCAUGCUGCAUGGGGGGCAGAGAGCCAAAUGGUCUUUCUUUCUGGGGAGGAUGGGGAAGAGAAACAGGGGACCCCUUUGCCCUCCCCUGUGUAUGUGUGCGUGUGUAUGUGGGGUCUGUUUUGCCACAAAUGUGCCAGGGCAAGAGGGCUGUUCUUAUUUUGGAGAGAGUGGCUAUGGAGAGUGGCAAGUGCAGGUCAAUCCUUCCUCUCUUAUCACACUCUUGUGUCAGAAAUCACAAAGGCAUCAGAAAGAGCUGCUUGUGCCCUUCUUGGUUGUGGGAUCGGGGUGUAUUUGGAGAUGCUGGCCUGGCUUGGGCUCCCUGUUCUCUUGGUUGGCCUUCCUGCCCCUUGCCCACCCAAAACCCACAUACUCACCCCUCCCUCUGCCCUCCAUUUCCUCUUGCCCACCCUCACCCCCAUUGCUGUGCCUGGUGGACCCCUUUGCUUGCCAGUCCCGCCUGUCUCCACUCAGUACUAGCUGACCGACUAGCGCUCACUGCUGUCUGUGUUAUGUCAUGAUAUUUAUCUGUAACGUCAAACCAAGCGGAGCAGUGACCUGUACAAACCCGGGUUCAAGGCCCUACCCCCCUCACUGCCUUGUCAUGGAGUUGGUCUUUCAAUAAAAAUAUACGCUUGGUGUCA